AUUAAACAUUGGGCAUGCACCUGAACACUGUCCAAAACUAAAUUCCAAGAAGCCAUCAGACCUUGAAAAGUAGCAAAGAUGCAACAAAACAAAACAAUAGCAUCACCGCUAUCUUCCCUUCAAAGCAACCAGUUUAACUUCCCUUAGUUUGACUUCUCUUUUAGAAUCUUUGCCUCCCCAAUACCUUUUAUUUUUCCCUUUAUCUUCACUCACAAACUAUCAAAGCAAGCUCAGAUAAAUCUUUUCUUUGAUAGAAAGGUAUAGUUUCCCCCCCCCCCUUAAUUCUGGGUAUGUUUAAUCAUUUGGAACUUCUUGAUUCUUGCACUAAAAAAAGAGUGAUCACGAAUUCCAGUCUUUCAAUGGGUUUUCUUCGGAAGUUGUUUUAAUGAGGUUGAUGGAAGGGAAAUGAGAAGGAGAUAAUAAGUGCUGCUUGGUGUACUUGUUGGGUUCAUGAUGGAGUUACUUGCUUCUAUUGGCUGCCAUUUUCGAAUUCCUUUGAAAACCAUGUGGUUAUGGAUAUCUUUGGUACUUGUGCUGCAAUAUAGUAAAUCUGUGCUUUCAGAUUCCAACUAUUUAAUUGGGCUGGGGAGCUAUGACAUUACUGGGCCAGCAGCCGACGUUAAUAUGAUGGGAUAUGCUAACACAGAACAAAUUGCUUCGGGGAUUCACUUUAGGCUGCGAGCUCGGUCAUUUAUCGUGGCAGAGCCACAAGGGAAACGAGUAGUUUUUGUUAAUCUCGAUGCUUGCAUGGCUUCACAAUUAGUGACUAUAAAGGUUCUUGAGAGAUUGAAAGCAAGGUAUGGGAACUUAUAUACUGAACAGAAUGUUGCUAUCAGUGGUAUUCACACCCACGCAGGUCCUGGUGGUUAUCUCCAAUAUGUGGUGUAUAUUGUUACAUCUCUUGGAUUUGUCCAUCAGUCAUUUGAUUCCCUGGUAGAUGGCAUCGAGAAAAGUAUUGUACAAGCUCAUGAAAAUCUCCAACCUGGAUCAAUUUUUGUGAACAAGGGAGAGCUAUUAGAUGCCGGAGUAAACCGUAGUCCGAGUGCCUAUCUCAAUAACCCUGCAUCAGAGCGGAGCAAAUAUAAGUACAAUGUUGAUAAAGAAAUGACCCUUUUAAAGUUUGUAGAUGACCAAUGGGGUCCAGUGGGUAGCUUCAACUGGUUUGCAACUCAUGGAACAUCAAUGAGUCGUACAAACUCUCUGAUCAGUGGUGAUAACAAGGGUGCAGCAGCACGAUUUAUGGAAGAUUGGUUUGAGCAGAACAGUGCUAAAAGUGAUGAAUUGGGUACUGAUGAAAUACCUCGAAGAGUUUCGAGCAUCAUUUCUAGUAUUCAUAAUAAUCACCAUGAGUUGCUGGAGCUUGCUUCAUCCUUCCAGUCUUCUCCUGGUAAACCUGCAACCAGGAUUUCGAGUGCUGCUAGACGUGUCAGGAGUGCUCUUCGACAGGCUGAUAAGCCAGGAUUUGUGUCUGCAUUUUGCCAAACAAAUUGUGGUGAUGUUAGUCCCAAUGUACUUGGAGCAUUUUGUAUCGACACUGGUGUUCCUUGUGACUUCAAUCAUAGUACCUGUGGUGGAAAGAAUGAACUAUGCUAUGGCCGAGGACCAGGCUAUCCUGAUGAAUUCGAAAGUACACGUAUUAUUGGAGAGAGACAAUUCAAUAAAGCUGUGGAUCUGUUUAACACAGCAUCUGAGCAAUUAAAAGGAAAGAUUGACUAUCGCCACUCAUAUGUAGACUUCUCCCAGCUUGAGGUUACAAUUCCUAAAGAAGGAGGAGGUUCUGAGGUAGUUAAAACAUGCCCUGCUGCAAUGGGAUUUGCUUUUGCAGCAGGAACAACUGAUGGCCCUGGGGCAUUCGAUUUUAAGCAAGGAGAUGACAAGGGAAAUCCUUUCUGGAGGCUUGUGCGCAACUUACUUAAAGCUCCUGAUAAAAAACAAGUAGAGUGUCAUUCUCCAAAGCCCAUCUUGUUAGAUACUGGUGAAAUGAAGCAACCGUAUGAUUGGGCGCCUUCAAUACUUCCAGUACAGAUCCUUCGGAUAGGACAGCUAGUCAUUCUCAGUGUACCUGGAGAAUUUACGACAAUGUCUGGAAGGCGGCUUCGAGAUUCUGUAAAAACCAUGCUUACAAGCAGCGGUAGUGGAGAAUUUGGUAGUAACACUCAUGUUGUCAUUGCUGGGUUGACCAAUACAUAUUCACAGUACAUUACUUCCUUCGAGGAGUACCAGAUUCAGAGAUAUGAGGGUGCCUCCACGCUGUAUGGUCCGCACACACUCAGUGCCUACAUUCAGGAGUUCCAGAAGCUCGCAAGUGCUCUUAUCAAAGGCCAAACUGUUGAACCUGGCCCGCAACCUCCUGAUCUUCUAAAGAAACAAAUAAGCUUUCUCACUCCUGUUGUAAUGGACUCUACCCCUGCUGGUGUAAAUUUCGGGGAUGUCAGCUCUGAUGUUCCGGCUAACUCAACUUUUAAGAGAGGUAGCACGGUGACUGUGGUCUUCUGGUCAGCUUGCCCCAGGAACGAUCUCAUGACAGAAGGUACAUUCGCUCUUGUUGAGAUACUCCAAGGGAAGGGUACAUGGGUUCCAACUUAUGAUGAUGACGAUUUCUGCCUUCGGUUUAAGUGGUCAAGACCUUCGAAACUAAGCCCCCGAAGUCAAGCAACCAUCGAAUGGACAAUCCCUCCAUCUGCCUCGCUAGGAGUUUACAGAAUAAGACAUUUUGGUGCUGCGAAACGGCUUAUGGGAUCGAUUCAGCAUUUCACGGGUACAUCCAGUGCUUUUGUGGUAGCAUGAUGAAAUAGAUAAACUAUAUGUACACACGUAUGGCAGCUUAGAUGUUUCAUUUUUGUUGCGCUUUAUAUGUAACGAGUUGCCAUUAGACUAUAGCACGUCGAAUCUGUAAUGCUGAAACUCGUCUAGCUCAUUUGAUUUCCUCUUCAGAACAUGAAAUUUCGGAUGAAUUAAAA